AUGUUAUUGUUCUCUGCAGGGUCAGGUUCAUGCCGCUUUAGUUACUCUGAUCCAAACAUAAUUGUCUCCUAUUCGAAGAAUAAUUCUGCAGACUGGAUUCAACUGGAGAAAAUUAGAGCUCCUUCUAAUGUCAGCACCAUAAUCCACAUUCUCUAUCUUCCUGAAGAAGCCAAAGGAGAAAAUAUUCAAUUUCAGUGGAAGCAGGAAUAUGUCCAUGCUGGUGAUGUGUAUGAAUCCUGCUGGGCGUUGGACAAUAUUCUGAUCAUAAAUGCAGCUCACAGACAAAUUGUUUUAGAAGAUACUCUCGAUCCUGUUGACACUGGAAACUGGCUGUUUUUCCCUGGAGCCACUAUUAAGCAUAGCUGUCAGUCAGAUGGAAAUGCAAUUUACUUCCAUGGAACUGAAGGUAGUGAGUUAAAUUUUGCCACAACACGAGAUGUGGACCUCUCUACUGAAGAUGCUCAGGAGCAAUGGGCCGAAGAGUUUGAGGGUCAGCCGAAAGGGUGGGAUAUAUCAGGAGCUAUCAUUGGCACUGAAUGUGGGACCUUGGAAUCAGGUUCGUCAGCUGUGUUCGUCAGAGAUGGAGAAAGAAAACUAUGCACUCCGUAUAUGGACACGACAGGUUAUGGAAAUCUGAGAUUUUAUUUCAGUAUGGGUGGAAGCUGUGACACUGGAGAAGCCCAUGAGAAUGAUGUCUUAUUAUAUGCAAAAAUUGAAGGAAGAAAAAAUCACAUAACUCUUGAUGUAAUGACUUAUGCUUCCUAUAGGAUUCCCUCCUUGGUCUCAGUUGUCAUCAGCCCAGAACUUCAGACUCCGGCAACCAAAUUCUGCCUCAAGCAGAAGAAUCACCAAGGGCGUAACAGAAAUGUUUGGGCUGUUGACUACUUCCAUGUCUUGCCAGUCCUUCCUUCCACUGUUACGCAUAUGAUCCAGUUUUCCAUUAACCUGGGUUGUGGAACCCAUCAACCAGGCAACAGUGUUAGUUUGGAAUUCUCCACCAACCAUGGCCGUUCCUGGUCAUUACUUCACUCUGAAUGUUUGCCAGAGACAUGUGCUGGAUCCCACCUUCCUCACAGCACUGCCUAUGCUUCCGAAAACUAUAGUGGGUGGAACCGUAUAACUAUUCCCCUUCCAAAUGCAGCGUUAACCAGAGAUACCAGGAUUCGGUGGAGACAAACAGGAUCGGUUCUUGGAAACAUGUGGGCAAUUGACAACAUUUACAUUGGACCAUCUUGUCUCAAAUUCUGCUCAGGGCGAGGUCAAUGCACUAGAACUGGUUGCAAGUGUGACCCUGGCUUUUCAGGGCCUGCAUGCGAAAUGGCUUCCCAAACGUUCCCAAUGUUUAUUUCAGAGAGUUUUAGCAAUUCUAGACUCUCUUCCUAUCACAACUUUUACUCUAUCCGUGGUGCUGAAGUCAGUUUUGGCUGUGGAGUUCUAGCAAGUGGUAAAGCCUUGGUUUUCAACAAAGAUGGGAGGCGACAGCUCAUCACUUCUUUCUUUGACAGCUCACAGUCGAGAUUUCUCCAGUUCACUCUGCGGCUUGGAAGCAAAUCUGUUUUGAGUACUUGCAAAGCUCCUGAUCAGCCUGGAGAAGGUGUCUUACUUCACUAUUCAUAUGACAACGGUAUUACAUGGAAACUGCUGGAACAUUAUUCCUAUCUUAACUAUCAUGAGCCAAGAAUAAUUUCGGUGGAAUUACCAGAAGAUGCAAGACAAUUUGGCAUUCAGUUCCGAUGGUGGCAACCGUAUCAUUCUUCUCAAGGCGAAGAUGUUUGGGCUAUUGAUGAAAUCAUUAUGACUUCUGUGCUUUUCAAUAGCAUUAGCCUAGACUUCACAAACUUGCUGGAAGUUACUCAAUCUCUUGGGUUCUACUUGGGAAAUGUUCAACCAUACUGUGGCCAAGACUGGACACUUUGUUUUACAGGAGAUUCUAAGUUAGCUUCUAGUAUGCGCUAUGUAGAAACACAAUCUAUGCAAAUCGGAGCAUCAUAUAUGAUUCAGUUCAACUUGGUGAUGGGCUGUGGCCAGCAAUACACUCCCCACAUGGACAACCAGGUGAAAUUGGAAUACUCCACUAACCAUGGCCUUACUUGGCAUCUGGUUCAAGAGGAAUGUCUUCCAAGUAUGCCUAGUUGUCAAGAAUUUACCCCAGCAAGUAUCUACCACUCCAGUGAAUAUACAAAGUGGAGGAGAAUCACAGUCCUUUUACCCCAGAAAACAUGGUCCAGCGCAACACGUUUCCGCUGGAGUCAGUGUUAUUACACUGCUCAAGAUGAGUGGGCACUAGACAACAUCUAUAUUGGACAGCAGUGUCCAAACAUGUGCAACGGGCAUGGCUGGUGUGAUCAUGGCAUUUGCAGAUGUGAUUCUGGAUAUCAAGGUACUGAAUGUUAUCCUGAAAACAAUCUACCUUCAACUAUAAUGUCUGAUUUUGAGAGUCUGAACACUUUGGAAACAGAAUGGCAGGAAGUGAUUGGUGGAGAGAUUGUAAAACCAGAACAAGGCUGUGGAGUCAUCUCAUCUGGAUCCUCUCUUUAUUUCAACAAGGCUGGGAAGAGACAAUUGGUGAGCUUGGAUUUGGACACCACGUGGGUGGACUUUGUCCAGUUUUACAUUCAGAUAGGUGGAGACAGUCCUUCUUGCAACAAGCCAGAUAGCAGGGAAGAAGGGGUCCUUUUGCAAUACAGCAACAACGGAGGCAUCACCUGGCACGCACUGGCAGAAAUGUACUUCUCUGACUUCAGCAAGUCCAGGUUUGUCUAUCUCGAGCUGCCCCCUGCCGCAAAGACCCCCUGCACUCGAUUCCGUUGGUGGCAGCCAGUGUUUUCAGGAGAAGGAUAUGACCAGUGGGCUAUUGAUGACAUCAUCAUUCUGUCUGAAAAGCUGAAGCAGAUCAUCCCUGUUGCUAACCCCACUCUGCCUCAGAACUUUUAUGAGAAACCAGCAUUUGAUUAUCCCAUGAACCAGCUCAGCGUGUGGUUAAUGUUAGCUAACGAAGGGAUGCCCAAGAAUGAAACAUUCUGUUCUGCUACCCCAUCAGCAAUGAUAUUUGGCAAAUCAGAUGGUGAUCGAUUUGCAGUGACUCGGGAUUUAGUACUGAAACCAGGUUACGUACUUCAAUUCAAGCUCAACAUAGGUUGCACAGAUCAGUUCAGUAGUUCUGCUCCAGUUCUUCUUCAAUAUUCCCAUGAUGCUGGCUUGUCCUGGUCAUUAGUGAAGGAGGGCUGCUACCCAGCAUCUCCUGGGGUCAAAGGAUGUGAAGGAAGCUCCAGAGAAUUGACUGAGCCGACCAUGUAUUCCACGGGAGACUUUGAAGAGUGGACAAGGAUUACCAUAGUCAUCCCAAGAUCUCUUGCAGCCGGUAAGACCAGAUUCCGCUGGAUACAAGAGAGCAGUUCGCAAAAGAGUGUGCCUUCUUUUGGCUUGGAUGGAGUGUACAUUUCAGAGUCAUGUCCCAACUAUUGCAAUGGUCACGGAGAUUGUAUUUCUGGCGUCUGUUUUUGUGACAUGGCCUACACAGCUUCACAUGGGACCUGUGUGUCAAAUGUACCUAAUCCAAGUGAGAUGUUCGACAGAUUUGAGAGGAAGCUGAGCCCUCUUUGGUACAAGAUAACUGGGGCUCAGAUUGGAAAUGGCUGUGGAAUACUCAGUGAUGGAAAAUCUCUUUACUUCAGUGGUCCUGGAAAAAGAGAAGCAAGAACAGUCUCUCUGGAUACCACGGGCAUCAGAUUAGUUCAGUUUUAUGUACAAAUUGGAAGCAAAACAGCUGGUACAGAUUGCAACAAACCCCAAACCAGGAAUGAAGGACUUGUGGUCCAGUAUUCAGAUGACAAUGGAAUAAGCUGGGCUCUGCUACGAGAGCUGGACUUCUUGUCUUUCUUAGAACCUCAAAUUGUAUCUAUUGAAUUGCCCCGUGAGGCCAAAACAUCAGCUACCGCUUUUCGAUGGUGGCAACCUCAGCAUGGAAAGCAUUCAGCCCAGUGGGCUUUGGAUGAUGUCCUUGUAGGAAUGAACGACAGCUCUCCAAUGGGUUUUCAAGAUAAAUUUGAUGGCUCUGUAGAUUUACAGGCAAAUUGGUUCAGAGUUCAAGGGGGACAGGUAGACAUUGAUUGUCUGUCUAUGGAUACCUCUCUCAUCUUCAGUGAAAAUAUAGGAAAGCCUCGCUACGCUGAGACCUGGGAUUUCCAUGUGUCUGAUUCUACCUUCAUGCAGUUUGAGCUGAACAUGGGGUGCAGCAAACCGUUCAGUGAUUCCCGCGGCAUUCAUUUCCAGUAUUCCCUAAACAAUGGAAAAGACUGGCAUUUGGUGACAGAAGAGUGUGUGCCUCCCAGAAUUGGCUGCCAACAUUACACUGAAAGUUCAGUUUACAGUUCAGAAAGAUUCCAGAACUGGAGACGGAUCACUCUCUCUCUUCCACCUGCAGCAAUGUCUCCCAGAACACGCUUCAGAUGGAUUCAACAUGAUUAUACUCCUGGUGGGGAGACAUGGGCUAUUGAUAAUAUCAUUCUGGCCACUGGAUGUCCCUGGAUGUGUUCUGGCCAUGGAAUCUGUGAUGCUGGACACUGUGUGUGUGACAGAGGUUUUGGAGGGCCAUAUUGUGUGCCCACUGUUCCCCUCCCAACUGUCCUGAAAGAUGACUUCAAUGGUAAUCUGCAUCCUGACCUUUGGCCUGAAGUCUAUGGAGCCGAGAGAGGGAACCUGAACGGUGACACCAUCAAGUCUGGAACUAGCCUCAUCUUCAAAGGGGAAGGGCUAAGGAUGCUCGUUUCAAGGGAUUUAGAUUGUACUAAUACAAUGUAUAUUCAGUUUUCAUUCAGAUUUUUAGCUAAAGGUACCCCAGAGAGAUCACAUUCUAUUCUGCUCCAGUAUUCCAUCAAUGGAGGAAUCACUUGGCACCUAAUAGAUGAGUUUUACUUCACCCAAACAACUGAUGUCCUUUUCAUUAAUAUUCUGCUGCCAUACUCAGCACGAAUCAGCGCUUCACGUUUCAGGAUCUGGCAACCUUAUAACAAUGGUAAGAAGGAAGAGAUCUGGAUUCUAGAUGAUUUCAUUAUUGAUGGAAAUAACAUCAAAAAUCCUGUGAUCCUUUUGGAUACCUUUGAUUUGGGCCCAAAGGAAGAUAACUGGUUUUUCUAUCCUGGUGGCAACAUUGGACUUUAUUGUCCAUAUUCAUCCAAAGGAGCACCAGAAGAAGAUUCUGCUAUGGUAUUUGUUUCAAAUGAAGUUGGAGAGCAUUCAAUUACAACAAGAGAUUUGAAUGUAAAUGAAAAUACCAUAAUCCAGUUUGAGAUUAACAUUGGAUGCACCACAGAUAGCUCCUCUGCUGACCCAGUGAAACUUGAAUUCUCACGAGAUUUGGGGGCAACCUGGCACCUGCUGCUUCCUUUAUGUUAUAGCAGUAGCAGCUAUCUCAGUUCUCUAUGCUCUAUUGAGCAUCAUCCAAGCAGCACAUACUAUGCUGGAACAACCCAGGGUUGGAGAAGGGAGAUAAUCCAUUUUGGAAAGCUGCACCUCUGUGGGUUGGUGAGAUUCAGGUGGUACCAAGGAUUUUAUCCUGCUGGGUCUCAACCUGUGACUUGGGCCAUUGACAAUGUAUAUAUAGGGCCACAGUGUGAAGAAAUGUGCAGUGGACAUGGGAGUUGUGUCAAUGGGACCAAGUGCAUCUGUGACCCUGGCUAUUCUGGACCGACUUGUAGAAUAACCACCAAGAACCCUGAUUUUCUCAAGGAUGACUUUGAAGGGCAACUGGAGUCGGACAGGUUUUUAUUGGUGAGUGGUGGAAAGCCUUCCAGGAAAUGUGGAAUCUUGUCAGGAGGGAACAAUCUCUUCUUUAACGAGGAAGGGUUACGAAUGCUGAUGACACAAGAUCUGGAUUUAUCACAAGCUAGAUUUGUACAAUUCUUCAUGAGACUAGGAUGUGGCAAAGCCAUACCUGAUCCCAGAAGUCAGCCAGUGUUAUUACAAUAUUCUCUUAAUGGUGGACUCACGUGGAAUCUUCUUCAGGAAUUUCUCUUCAGCAAUUCAAGCAAUAUCGGGAGAUACAUUGCCUUGGAAAUCCCUUUAAAAGCUCGUUCUGCCUCUACACGUCUCCGCUGGUGGCAGCCUUCUGAGAAUGGGCAUUUCUACAGCCCUUGGGUCAUUGACCAGAUUCUUAUUGGUGGAAACAUUUCAGGCAACACAGUCCUGGAAGAUGAUUUCAGUAUCCUGGAUAGCAAGAAAUGGCUUCUCCACCCAGGUGGAACCAAAAUGCCCGUGUGUGGUUCCACCGGGGAUGCUCUGGUCUUCAUUGAGAAAGCUAGCACCCGCUACGUUGUAACCACCGAUAUCACAAUCAAUGAAGACUCCUUCCUCCAGUUGGAUUUUGCUGCUUCUUGUUCAGUCACCGACUCUUGCUAUGCUAUUGAGCUAGAAUAUUCUGUUGAUCUUGGUCGGACAUGGCAACCAGUGAUGAGAGACUGCCUUCCUACUAACGCAGAAUGCAGCAGGUAUCACCUCCAGAGGAUCCUGGUAUCUGAUACAUUCAACAAAUGGACAAGAAUUGUUUUGCCACUUCCUCCUUAUACCAGGUCUGAGGCAACUCGUUUUCGCUGGCACCAAACAGCUCCAUUUGACAAGCAGCAAACGUGGGCUAUUGACAAUGUCUACAUAGGUGAUGGCUGUAUAGAUAUGUGCAGUGGCCAUGGGAGGUGUACUGAGGGGAACUGCCUGUGUGAUGAAAGCUGGAGUGGGUUAUACUGUGACGAGCCAGACACAUCCCUUCCCAUGCAACUUAAAGACAAUUUCAAUCGUGUGCCGUCCAGUCAGAACUGGUUAACCGUCAACGGAGGAAAACUGAGCACUGUCUGUGGUGCCGUGGCUUCUGGAAUGGUCCUUCAUUUUAGCGGGGGAUGCAGCCGCUUGCUAGUUACAGUGGAUCUAAACCUAACUAAGGCAGAAUUCAUUCAGUUUUAUUUCAUGUAUGGAUGCCUGAUCAGCCCCAACAAUCGUAACCAAGGAGUUCUCCUGGAAUACUCUGUGAAUGGUGGCAUUACCUGGACUCUUUUGAUGGAGAUAUUUUAUGACCAAUUCAGCAAGCCUGGCUUUGUGAACAUCCUCCUUCCCCCGGAGGCCAAACGAGUGGGAACUCGUUUUCGCUGGUGGCAGCCUAAACAUGAGGGUCUAGAUCAGAGUGAUUGGGCUAUUGACAAUGUGUUGAUAUCGGGUUCAGCGGAUCAGAGGACUGUGAUGUUGGAUACCUUUAGCAGUGCACCAUUGCCCCAGCACGAACGCUCUCCUGCAGAUGCAGGACCGACAGGCAGAAUUGCUUUUGAUAUGUUUGUGGAUGACAGGACAAUGGUGAAUGAGCACUGGAUGUUCCAUGAUGACUGCUCCAUUGAAAAGUUCUGUGAUUCUCCUGAUGGGGUCAUGAUGUGCGGGAGUCAUGACGGCAGAGAAGUAUAUGCUGUCACCCAUGAUUUAACUCCUACAGAGCACUGGAUCAUGCAGUUCAAGAUUUCUGUUGGAUGUAAAACCUCAGAAAAAAUUGCUCAAAACCAAGUCCAUGUACAAUAUUCUACAGAUUUUGGAGUGAGUUGGAAAUACCUAAUCCCUCAGUGUUUACCUGCUGACCCUAAGUGCUCUGGGGCUGUUUCACAGCCAUCUGUCUUCUUUCCAACCAAAGGAUGGAAAAGGAUAACAUACCCAUUGCCUGAAAACCUAGUAGGAAACCCAGUACGAUUCAGAUUUUAUCAGAAGUACUCUGAUGUGCAAUGGGCCAUUGACAAUUUCUAUCUUGGGCCUGGUUGUGUUGAAAACUGCAGAGGCCAUGGAGACUGCUUGAAAGAGCAGUGCAUUUGUGAUCCAGGUUUCUCUGGUCCAAACUGUUACUUGACUCAUCCUUUGAAGACCUUCCUGAAGGAGCGCUUUGACAGUGAAGAAAUUCGGCCUGAUUUAUGGAUGUCUCUGGAAGGUGGACUGGCUUGCCUGGAAUGUGGGGUUCUGGCAGAGGACACGGCACUAUAUUUUGGUGGAGCUACAGUGAGACAGGCUGUCACUCAAGACUUGGAUCUGAGGGGCGCAAAGUUUCUACAAUACUGGGGAAGAAUAGGGAGUGAAAACAACAUGACCACCUGUCAUAGACCAACAUGUCGGAAGGAAGGAGUUCUACUGGAUUAUUCAACAGAUGGAGGAAUAUUGUGGACAUUGCUCCAUGAAAUGGAUUAUCAGAAAUAUAUCUCCAUCAGGCAUGAUUAUAUUCUGCUCCCAGAAGAUGCUCUAACCAACACAACCCGCCUGCGCUGGUGGCAGCCAUUUGUGAUUAACAAUGGAAUUGUUGUUUCUGGUGUUGAUCGUGCUCAGUGGGCCCUGGAUAAUAUACUGAUUGGUGGAGCAGAAAUCAAUCCAAGUCAACUGGUGGAUACAUUUGAUGAUGAAGGGAUUUCCCAUGAAGAAAAUUGGAGUUUCUAUCCAAAUGCAGUCAGGACUGCAGGAUUCUGUGGUAAUCCAUCAUUUCAUCUCUAUUGGCCAAAUAAGAAAAAGGAUCAGACACAUAAUAUCCUGUCCUCUCGGGAACUCAUUAUACAGCCGGGAUAUAUGAUACAGUUUAAAAUUGUGGUUGGCUGUGAAGCAACAUCUUGUGGUGACCUUCAUUCAGUAAUGCUGGAAUAUUCCAAGGAUGCUAGAUUAGAUUCAUGGCAGCUUGUCCAGACACAAUGCCUUCCGUCCUCCUCCAACAGCGUGGGCUGCUCCCCAUUUCAGUUUCACGAAGCUACCAUAUAUAACUCCGUCAAUAGCUCCACCUGGAAAAGGAUAACCAUCCAGCUGCCUGAUCAUGUCUCCUCCAGUGCAACUCAGUUCCGGUGGAUUCAAAAAGGAGAAGAACCAGAAAAGCAAAGCUGGGCAAUAGAUCACGUGUACAUUGGAGAAGCCUGUCCCAAACUCUGUAGUGGCCACGGAUACUGCACUACCGGUGCCAUUUGUAUUUGCGAUGAAGAAUACCAAGGUGAUGACUGCUCUGUUUUCAACCAUGAACUUCCCAGCUACAUUAAAGAUAAUUUUGAAUCGGCAAGAAUUACUGAAAUCAAUUGGGAAAUUAUUCAGGGUGGAGUUAUAGGGAAUGGAUGUGGGCAGCUAGCCCCAUAUGCUCAUGGUGAUUCUCUAUAUUUCAACGGAUGUCAGAUAAGGCAAGCUGUGACAAAGGCCCUGGAUUUAACCCGAGCAAGCAAAAUAAUGUUUGUUUUGCAAAUUGGAAGUCUUUCACAAACUGAUAGUUGCAACACUAAUCUCAGUGACCCCAACACUGUGGACAAAGCUGUGUUGCUCCAGUACAGCGUAAACAAUGGGAUUACAUGGCAAGUCAUUGCGCAACACCAGCCAAAAGACUUUAUAGAAGCCCAAAGAGUGUCUUACAAUGUACCACUCGAGGCACGAAUGAAGGGGGUGUUACUUCGCUGGUGGCAGUCCCGCCACAGUGGCACGGGCCAUGAUCAAUGGGCUCUGGACCACAUAGAAGUCGUUCACACUCGCAAACAAAAUUACAUGAUGAAUUUUUCACGGCAACAUGGGCUCAGGCAUUUCUACAACAGAAGACGAAGGUCACUUAGGCGAUUCCCGUGAAGAACAAGACAUUCUUUCCUUUCUUUUCCUUUCCCAGCCUGUGAUGUAUUGCUUUUCAUUCUCCUCAAUAGACCACUGCAAUUUGAUUUAUGAGGACUUUUUUUUCCCUCCUUGAGGUAUAUUUUGAAAGCCUCCAUCAAGACAAAAAGUUACACCCUGUUUUUUCACACUGUGAUCUCAUGGGAAGUGACUUAUUUUCUCAUAGGUAAAUGUUUUGAAUGUUGUUGUGUCUGUGAAAAAUUGUGAUCUGUUGUAAUACCAGUUACAGUGGCAGUAUUGGAAGUAAGCAGCUGUUUUUAACAGGAGAAAAAACAAACAUGUAAGCACAAAAGACGUAAUAUGUUAUGUCAGAAACUACAAUAUUAAGUACAAUUAAGUAUUUAAAUGCACUGUAUUUUGGCUCUGUAUCAUACUUUAUAUGAUUAAGUUAUUCUUGUUCUCUUUGUAUCAUCUUCUGCGACUUGACAUGAUGGCACUGCAUUAACAUUAUAGCAAUUGGCAGAGACAUCUGCACGACUUAAAGUUCAAUCCUAUACGUAAAGCAAACAAACACCUAACCAAAAAGGUAAUUUCAGAAGUCAUUGUACAAGACCGUGAUGUCCUUCAUUCUUUCUCUUUGUCUACCUGUUAAUCAUUGUUUUGCGGGCAAGAAAUGCUUUGGGUAGCCCACUUCCAAACAGAAACUCCUAUUUCCUUGUUGAAAAGUACAACCAUUCUCUGUGGAUGAUUUACUUACAGUAGCUGCCAUGUGCUCUCUGUAGUAAUGGAGUGAUUUGUAAACAGUGAACGUUUCUUUGCGUUUCUUUGUGGUUUGUUUCUUUUGGGGGUCAUCCUGUAUCUUGGAUACUGUUGUACCUCCACCAGCAACACAAUAAUGACUCUACGACCCUUGACUGUCUGUAAAUUUUCACUCUACAACGAACCAACUAAAAUUCAAUGCUUCAAUAAAGAUGUCAACGAAU